AUGACGGAAGCACCUGAUUUCCUCAAUGUAUUUUGUGCUUUUGAUUGGCAGAGCACUGUUGACAAGCUCAUUAAAAAGACCAACUUGGCGCUGGUGAUCGGCACACACUCCUGGAGGGAGCAGUUUGUGGAGGCGGUCACUGUCAGCGCAGGUGACGGCGACGAUGAUGAGGAGGGUCGUGAAGAGCGCCUUCCAUCUUGUUACGACUACGUCAUGCAUUUCGUCACCGUCUUCUGGAAGGUUCUGUUCGCCUGCGUCCCACCUACAGAGUACUGGAACGGCUGGGCCUGCUUCUUAGUCUCCAUCAGCGUCAUUGGCCUCCUCACUGCCGUCAUUGGAGAUUUGGCGUCACACUUCGGCUGCACUGUCGGGCUCCGGGACACCGUCACCGCUGUGGUGUUUGUGGCAUUGGGAACUUCUAUUCCAGACACCUUUGCUAGCAAAGUGGCCGCCAUGCAAGACCAGCACGCUGAUGCCUCCGUUGGUAAUGUCACCGGCAGCAACGCUGUCAACGUGUUUCUUGGGAUCGGCGUGGCGUGGUCAGUGGCCGCCAUCUACUGGAGAGUCAAAGGGAAGGAAUUCAAGGUGGACCCGGGGUCGCUAGCCUUCUCCGUCACUCUCUUCACCAUCUUCGCUUUCAUCUGCAUGGCAGUUCUUCUGUUCAGACGUCGGCCCUCCAUUGGUGGAGAGCUGGGGGGCCCAAAGGGAUCCCGCCUCGUUACCAGCCUGCUGUUCUUGGGUCUGUGGUUCCUUUACAUCCUCUUCUCCAGCCUGGAGGCCUACUGCCACAUCAGCGGCUUUUAAAAAGGAAGGAAGGAAGUUCUGGAAGAAUAUUGCACAACACACACAUAUACUUUAACACUCAGUCCAUACAGUACACAGUUCAACAUGAGACAAGUGUAAGAUUCAUCUGUUUGAUAGGGCUCGCUGCAGCUUGGAAGUGUCCUGAUCUUUGAUGCAGGGAUACUAAAACACUACAUGUUCAAACACAAACACACACACACACACUACUUGUACGCAUGUGUAAACAGAUCAUAACAAAUACGCACGCACAAUUACAGGCAUGAUAAAGGGCGAGAGGAAGUGUUAGUGAGGGGCGAGAAGUGUGAAUACAAAAGGUUGCUGCAGCAAAGUUAGCAGAGAGAAGACGGAGAAAGAAAGAGAUUGUGAAGUUGAGAUUUUAGAGGUGAAAAGAAGGUCAGGUGGGUUUAGGCUGGAGAGGAGGAGUCCUGUAGGAUCAGAACACAGAUAGAGAAGAGGAACAGAAACUUGUGCACACCGGACUAAAUGUUUCCAUUUGAGUUGCAGUACAGGAACAAUACCUUUGUUUUCUGCGACAAAACCUGUCCCUCCCGCCUCUCCUCUGUAUCACCUCUGUAUCUUUACUGGUACAGCUUCACGGUUCUUCACUGAGGAGGAGGGGCGCUGUGUGAAAACAGGAGUGGAAUGUUUACAAUAACAUUAAGUUUGUUUACUACAAGAGGUUCUUAUAAAGUGGUGAUGCUUGUCUAAUUCACUGUAUAGAUGAAGGCGGUUCUCCACAUGCGCUGUAAAUAGUAAAAACCAGUGUACUGUACAUAUAGAGUGUUGUGUUUUCAGUAGGCAGAUGAUGCCUUCCACUGACGAAGUUAGAGAGGGUGGAAAUUUGUAGCGACUAUUGUCAUGUUACAGUGAAAAGAAAAGGAAAAACAACAGUCAGGUCUCUGCUUCAAUGUUUUUAAAAUCCAUACCUCCCCAGCAUCCUGCGUUCCAGUCAGCUGUGUCUCUUUACCAAAUGGUUUCCGUGGUAACCAUAGCCCCUCUGACAUAGGUUUGUAUAUCAAACUGAUGGAUUAUGUUUUUGCAUGUACAGCCAGAUAUGGAGCAUUUUCACACAAUAAGUCAUAACUAUACUAUGUAAAAGGGAAUGAUCAGAAUCCACCUGUAAAUUACAUCCCUGCAUUUGUGUGUCAGCUGGUCCGUGAUGUUAAUCUUCCUGUGUAAAGCUGUGUGUGUGUAGGCAGACAGGAUGGAGGAGAGAAGUUUGGUCCAAGAGGAACAAAAAGGACAUUUUCCUCCUCAGAAGGACCAAAUAUGUUCCCACACACACACACACGCGCCGUGUGGAGUGUAACCAAAACACACAUGGAAACUUUGCUCAAGGCUUUUUUCUCAGUCCAGAUGGACUGAAAUCUGAGGACAGACACUAAACUACAGUCACUCAUCACUAUGUCAUUGUGGGUAGUGACAGACUAAUCCAUUAAUGUGGCAUGUAUCCUGACAGACUAAUCCUUGACCUUUAGUGACAGCAGCACGGUAACAUGCAUGGAUGGUCAAACAAGACUUAACAGUGUUAGUUUACUUUCAAGAGUGAAGUCUCUAGAGCCAGUCAAUAACAUUUAAGUCAUUUAAAAACUGACAGUCAUCAACAUUCAGUCUACAGCAUAUUGAUCAGGACGCAAGAUCCUUAUCUACACUAUAAUUAGGAUACAGGAUGCCAGUCUACACCAUGCUGAUGCUUCAACAUGGCACCCAUACAAUGCCUUAAGGAAAACUCUCAAGUUAAAGUCUAGUAUUCAAGCUUUCAGCUGUACAGAGCUGCACUUUAUUUGAUGUAAAACAUGCUGUGUUUUUCUUUUUUUUUAGUCGACAAACUAUUAGUGUGCAAUACAUGAAGGGACAGUCACUGGAGGAGACAGCUAUGGACUGUCUGAAGUUUCCACUGGUUCAGCUGACUAAUGUUACACUGAAUCCAGGUCUUCUCCUUUGGGACCCAAACACCAGGAAAAAUGUUGGCAUUGCAGGUUUCUGCAAACCAUGGAUACGUUACAUUACUAAGUUACUAUGCUGUGAAUACGUUAAAACUUUACAUUUAAACAAUGUAGUGGUGAAGUUUAGAACCAAACACCACUUGGUUUUAAAUAGGAAAGAUCAUGUUUUGGCUCAGAAUAUCUGAUUCUGCAGUGAUAUCUCGGUAAAAAGCAACCGCUUUUCAGUUGAUGCUCGCUGGAAAAACAGCAACAGGUCACUAAACAACACUUAAGUUUGAGGGCUAAAAAGCUCAAAAGCUUACUCACUCAACAGCAACCAGUUUUUGUGGCACUAUUCUGGCAUUAAACACAGCAAUUUCUCCUUAAAAAACAUCCACUUUUUGUGGCUCUAUCAGGUGUGGAAACACAAUGACGGGUUGCCAAAAACCACCCUCAUUUGGGGGCUAAAAGGCGGCUUGAAACACAGCGAUGUGUCGCUAAAAAAAGUGUUUUUUGUGGCACUGUCCUGGCUGCAAGUUCAACAGUGUCACAUUACAGAACAACCAGUUUAUGUAGCAUUUUCACUGGUGAAAACAGUGACAGGUUGCUAAAAAACACCCACAUUUAGGGGCUAAAAAGCCACUGGAAACAUAGUGACGGCUCGCUAAAAAACAACCAGUGUUGUUGUUGGUCCAUAUUCCACUAUCCCCUCCUUCUCCUGAUGACAAAGUCAGCUCACAUCACUUAACAAACAUUGAUAUGAUACGUAUGAAGCAUGCAGAUGUAAAGUAUUCAUGGUUUACAGAAACGUACAGUGCCAACAUUUUCUCCUGGUGCCUGGGCUGUAUGGGAAGACUUUGUUGUGAUUUGUCCCUGCACAUCCAUCUGUGCUCAGAGCACAAUACGAGUACCAGACAUGCUAAAAAUUGAUUCUGUACAGUGUUUAAAAGAAGUAACUUACAAAGGUCUAUCAUCUAAUGCUCUCAGUCUGUAGGUCAUCACAAAGAAAAGUAACACACACCAAGGGUUGCAGCGACGUGCUGAUCACUGGAAGACUCUGUCUUUUAAUCAGAUGACAUUUCGGCUCAUCUGAAUAAAAGAGAAAUGCAAAUGGAGCCAGAGUGCAAUACUAUUUUCCUACCUUACAGUGUGCAGGUCAGCAGCAGACAAUGAUUUGCUUUGCAGACAGCUGUCAGGCAGUCCAUUACAGGUUUAAAUCCAGGACAGUUUCUGUUGUCUUAGCACCAUAGCAUAGGGUGUUUUCACUGUAAAAUUCAUUAGAAAACACUGCCCCUCAAGGCAUAUAUGUGUUGCUCAGUAUUGCAUGGCAGAGUUGGAACACACAGUAAAAUGUCCACAAGCUACUGAGACUACUGGCUGCUUAAUAGACAGUUUAAUAAAACAGAACCAGAACACACAACUAGAGAAGUGCAAAUCAGUGAAAACUACUGCACCAGCAUUUCAGUUUCAUUUCUUUCAACACUGAUAUACAUAAAGCUGAGAAGUCAGUGCAUGAAAAAAUCUCAAAGCAAGCGCAGUGAGCAGUGUGCAACAUCACAGUACAAUGAUAAAGUAGCCAACUGUCAUGUUAGACUAGAAGCAUCACGAGUCCAGCAUCCUUUUCUACUUUGAUUCAUCAUGUCGACGCAUCACAGUCAAUGUUUUGAUUACUGUAAUACUCACUGCCUAAUAUCAGUCACAUGAAGUACAUUGCACUUUGUGCUGCAGGUGCAUCACAGACAUUUCACAAACAAAUGAUAAGUGCUAUACAAGUGGAAAUUGUCGUUAUUACACACGAUAAUAUCAGAAAGAUUUGAUUGGUUUACCCUUAACUAACUAUACUUUGUAAACUUUCUAAAACAGAUUUUGUAUCUUUUCCUUGCAGAUAAAGCCAAGGUAGAUUUUUUUGUAUUUCUAAACAAUGUUUAGAAUAGUAUCAAUAUAUACAAUUGGUAGUGUAGAUUGCAUCUUAAUGAAUUUAGUGGAUGAGGUUUUGAUAUAUUUUCCACAGCGAGGAAGCUCCCCUUUGAACCGCUCAAACAGUGUAGUGUAUCAUAACCAAACAAUAUCCCAUCUAAUUUACUGAUGAAGUACGUUCGUGUCUAUGUUACUUAUGUGUAAGAUUAUUUAUUUAGAUAUUUAUUUAUUUAAAAGAAGAUUAUUUAUCUAUGGAUAAACUGUGCCGCAGGUCCUUGAAGCAAAAAGUUCAGAGUUUAGUUCAAGGCGUGUGGUUUCAAUGUGCAAUACAGAAAACAAAACAUAUUUCCUUAGUAGCUUUGACAAGAGGUCAGUUCACAUCUUAUUUCUGCUCCAGUGUUUGUUGUAACCCUCCGCCAGCGUUCAUUUCUUCAUUCAGUUCUCUUGGAGGAGGAGUUUUUGAGUGUAAGUAGCAUGUUUACAUGAAGAAACAGUGUGGAACAUUGCCAGUAUAAUUGUCAAUCUUGGGUGGUCAUGAGCUAAAGAAGGACUUUCUGUAGAUAUCAGUGGUGGCUGUGGGGCAGGUCAGUGCUGUCUGAGAUUGUAACAGUAGCUUAACUGUAGUCUACUCACUAAACCACCAGGUGGGACCAAGAGUAUAUAUAACACACACACACACAGAUCUGCUGAACUCUUGUUUAAUCUGUGACUGGGUAAAGAAUGCAUCAGGUUGUGUACCCAGCAACGUUGUCCCAGCAGGUGUGACCCCGGUGUGGCUCAGCACCCAGAAACAGAACUGUCUACAAUGUCCGGACAAUGUUCCAUGUUUCCAUGAACUUCUGUACUAACUGUCUGGCUUCGGCCUUUGCUGUUCUGUAUCUAGAUGUGAUGCCUCCCCAUCCAACCUCUCCUCCUCACCCAACCCUACCCCAGUGUGUGUCUGUGUUUGCUUCCCCUCCGUGUUCCUCUGCAGAUGCAUGAUGAAUCCCCGUGUUCGUGUGUUAGCAGCAUGGUCUACUGUGAUGGACGCCUAUAGGCAUAUUUUACCCGUGGGGGUGAUUCCCCACAGUUUGAAUCCCAAAAACCAGAGGUUCUUUGUGAAAUAAAAUGAGCACACACAGACACAACCACAACUCCAUACUGAAGAGAAACAUUCACACAGAGACAGCAUUUAUGGAUUCAGUGUCUACGGCUCAUUCGUUUUGUUCCCUUUAGAAGCUGUGAAAAAAGAGCGUGCUCUGUUGUGUCAAAGCUCCGUCUGCAACAAGCAACAUCCCAGGUCAUCUUUUUGUUUGUUGGUGUACGAUAUUUCUGUGUCUGUGUUAGUGUUCCCCCUCUUCUUCUUCUUCUUCUUCUUCUUCUUCUUCUUCUUCUUCUUCUUCUCUUCUCUCGUUCUCCCAUUCGCUCCCUCCCAGGUCUUGCUCUUCAAUGUGUCUCUCUGUGAAGUUUUUUCCUGUGAUGAUGAAAAUUUCUCUCUCUGCCUGAACCUUUGUAGGGAAAUAAUGACUGAGUUACUACAAUAUCAUGUGAUAGACAUAAACAUUUAUUCAAUACUGUAAUAAAUUAUUAACUGAAGAUGAUAUUUAAGUUUUUUUAUGAAAUGCAAAGAAAAAAUCUUUGAAAAAAAAGACAACUUGUUUUUGAGAACAUGGCAUGAGGUGUAAUGUGUUACUGAAAGACAAUGAAGGUCUUUAAUUAAGUGAAAUUGACCUUAUUUGAAUAUAGUUUA